AUGGGUGUCGAGCUUUCUCUUGAUCCUCCGGUGUGUCCGAUUCAGGCCAACGGCGGUGUGUCGAAGCACAAGAUGAUCAAUCAUACCGAUAAGAAUCUCGCGUUCAAGGUGAAAUCCUCGAACAACUCCAAUUAUAGUGUGAAUCAAAUAAUGGGCGUUAUCAAGGUUUGCGAGACGUUCGAGUUGGUGAUCACCAGAAAGCCGGGAAAACCGCAAAAGGACAAACUGGUUAUUCAAUAUGCUGGCGUUGAGGAGAGUGUGACCGAUCCGAAGGAGGCGUUUGCCACCGGCGAGCCGAAAGGACUCUUCACUGGCGAGACCAUCAUCAAGCUCUCGGCCGCUGAAUAA